AUGCUAUUCGGGCUCACAACUCAGUUUCUUUUGGCAAAUAGCUCUGUGUUGAGCUUUGAGUGGUCGGAAAUGCGGUCAACAAUUCUUAGUGUUGCUGGUGUCUUCAUGGGAGGGCACCUGGCAGCUGCGAGCCCCACUUCUACUUCAUUGAACUCUUUCAUAGCUAAGGAAGGCUUGCGAUCUUACCAGGGUAUCUUGGACAACCUGGGUAACAAGGGUGUCAAGGCUCCUGGUACUGCCGCGGGCUUGUUUGUUGCCAGUCCCAACACUGCGAACCCUGACUAUUUUUACACGUGGACCCGUGACUCAGCCUUGACUUUCAAGUGCUUGAUUGAUCUGUUCGAUGGCGACAGCUCUGAUUUCGGCUUGGAGAGAGGCGAGUUGGAAACCGACAUUCGGAACUAUGUCUCCGCACAAGCGGUGCUGCAGAACGUCUCCAACCCAUCUGGAACCCUGGAGGACGGAACUGGACUUGGCGAGCCCAAGUUCGAGGUCAAUUUGAACCCAUUCACCGGAUCUUGGGGUCGGCCUCAGCGGGAUGGGCCGGCUCUCCGGGCAGUCGCUAUGAUCACAUACACGAACUGGCUUCUUUCGAACGGCCAAAAAUCCGAGGCGGUGAACAUCAUGUGGCCCAUCAUUUCAAACGAUCUUGCAUAUGUUGGCCAGUACUGGAACGAGACCGGUUUUGAUCUUUGGGAGGAGACCGACGGUUCAUCUUUCUUCACGUUGGCCGUUCAACACCGUGCUCUGGUCCAGGGUGCCGCCCUGGCCCAGAAGAUUGGCAAAUCGUGCGCUGCUUGCUCUUCUCAGGCACCCCAGGUUCUAUGCUUCUUGCAGAACUUCUGGAAUGGAGAAUACAUAACUGCCAAUAUCAACCUUGACACCACACGCACUGGUAUUGAUGCAAACACCGUCUUGGGAAGCAUCCACACAUUCGAUCCCGAGGCAUCUUGUGAUGACUCGACUUUCCAACCUUGCUCGUCAAGGGCCCUGGCAAACCACAAGGUCUAUGUUGAUGCUUUCCGUUCGAUCUACAAGAUCAACCACGGAAUUCCAAAGACUUCGCCUGCCAAUGUCGGUCGUUACCCUGAAGAUGUCUACCAAGGUGGAAACCCAUGGUAUCUUGCUACUCUGGCCUCGGCUGAGCUGCUGUACGAUGCCUUAUACCAGUGGAACAAGAUCGGCUCCCUCGACGUCACUGAGACUUCGCUCGCAUUCUUCAAGGACUUCGAUGCAUCCGUAAAGACCGGCUCUUACUCCGCCCACAGCCAGACUUACAAGUCACUCACUUCCGAUAUUCGAUCAUACGCCGACGGCUUUAUCAGCCUUGUUCAAACCUAUACCCCAUCAAAUGGCUCCCUGGCCGAGCAAUACAACCGCAACACCAGCGUCCCUCUAUCAGCCAACGACCUGACCUGGUCUUUUGCCUCCUUCCUCACCGCAGUUCAACGACGUGAAUCCGUCGUGCCCGCCACCUGGGGCGAGAGCACCGCCAACAAGGUUCCCACUACCUGCUCCGCGUCUCCCGUGACCGGAACCUACAAAGCUGCCACUUCUGUAUUCCCAACCUCAAGCGCUGGAUGCGUUCCCGCCACGGACGUCGUACCAGUCACCUUCUACCUGAUCGAGAACACUUACUACGGUGAGAACGUCUACAUCUCCGGUAAUGUCAGUGCGCUUGGCAGCUGGGACACUAGCGAUGGCUUUGCGCUCGAUGCAGGCCUGUACACGGAGACAGACAACUUGUGGUUCGGCAGUGUUGAGCUAUGGACUGCCGGCACUCCGUUCGAGUACAAGUACUACAAGAUUGAGCCCAAUGGCACGGUCACCUGGGAGUCUGGUGAUAACCGGGUUUCCGUCGUGCCUACUGGCUGCGCCCUGCAGCCUAGCAUCAGCGAUGUGUGGCGUUCUUAG